CAGACGGCCCCUCCAGGCUCUGUCUGUCUGGAGUAUCAAUCUAUAUAUCUGUACAGCAGCACACUCUGGCGGUCUGUCCGUCUGUCCCUGUCUUCCGUCUGUCUCCGCGACCUGCCAGAGAGAACAUGGUAGCGAGAAGUGCCCUGCACCAUCAAUGGAUGUGUCAGUAAGAAAAAAUAUGUUGUUUCUCCUUGCAAGUGAGCCCAGUGUGAGAAUGUGUUGGGAACGGAAUAGCACAAACAUGGCUUCAGCAGAGAUCUACUGGCCUGUUCCAAUGAGGGCCAUCGGGGCCCAGAACCUGCUCACCAUGCCAGGAGGCGUGUGCCACUCUGGGUACCUCCACAAGAAGGGAGGGAGCCAGUUCAGCCUUAUGAAGUGGCCUCUUCGCUAUAUAAUCAUCCACAGGGGAUGUGUGUAUUAUUUCAAGAGCAGCACCAGUCCUGCACCGCAAGGAGCUUUCUCUCUCAAUGGCUACAACAGGGUGAUGAGGGCAGCAGAAGAGACCACCUCCAAUAACGUGUUUCCCUUCAAAAUCGUCUACUUCAGUAAGAAGCACCGAACCUAUUGCUUCUCAGCAGCCAACGAGGAAGAGAGAAGGAAAUGGAUGCGAAACCUGCGAAAAGAAAUUGAUCACUAUAAUGACAGAAUGGAGUCAUAUAUUCCAAAUGACUCUGAAAGUGAUGCGGACAGCUUCUAUGGAUCGAUCGAGAGCCCCAUGGACAUAACCUAUGCCCAUGAUGACCCAGGAGACAAUUAUAUGUUAGAGGAUGAAGAAGAUGAGGAUGAAGAUGACUAUGAAAAACCAGAUAGCCCACCAACUUAUACAGGAAGACUAACUGUUCCACCACCAUCAUACCAUCCUCCUCCACUCCCAUGCCAGUUUAGACAAGAAUCAAAAUCAGGAUUCUGCAAAGGUCUCCCCCAACCUGCCCCUGUCCCCAACAGGACCCUCUCCAGCCCCCUUCCAAAGAAAAUGUCCCCAGUCUUACCUCGACCCAAGCUGGGUGAGAUCGGCCACAACCAACAUGGACACAUGGACAUCCCAAACAAGGACAGCCCAGAGAGAAGUGUGAGGGGCCCUAAGACCCCUCUUCCCACUCCCAUUGCCAGCCUUCAGAAGCAGAUGAUGAUGGGGAAGACGUCCAUCUCCACCCUACCUGUGGGGGACCACAGAGACAAGAAGCCCCAUGUUCCAGUGACCCUCAAGUCUCCCGCCACCCUGCCCAUCUGCAUCAACCUGGAAAGGCAAAUGGGGCUGAAUCCUAGACCACCUGGUUACCAUGGCAACACACCCAGUCACAUCCCAAGUGUUCGAAACUUCUGCCACAGCACUAGGUCAACACCAGAUCUCCCUCCACAGGCCUCGCCAGCACUGAACCACACACCUGGACAGUACAAGACACCCCUCCUAGCGAAAUCUCCAUGUCCGGCAACCAUGCCUAAACAACCAAGAGGGUCAGCACAAAGAUCCUCUCCAGAUGGACAAAGCUUCCGAACCUCAGUGGACGAGGUGCCUGCCUCUUUAAGAAAGAACAGGGAUCCAUCCAAGGACAUCGACGAUGACUCUGAUGAAGACUAUGAGAAUGUUCAAUUACCAGAUUCUGUGUUUGUGGACUUAACAGAAACAAGCAGUGUUGAAAAGUUAUUUAUGGAAAGCUCCAGUUCACCGCAGGAUGGUCUCUACUGCUUCAGGAACUCAGGAUCAAAGACAUCCAAGGUGCUGGUGGUGUGGGAUGUGGAUCUGUGCAAGGCCAGAAACUACAGGCUCUUUGAGGAGGACUCCCGGGUGUUCCUGGAGUUUGAGAUGACAUUUUCCUCCCUGUCGGCCCUAGUGGAGCACUACUAUAGCCACCCUCUACCCAAUCACGACUCUCUGUGUCUGCAGCAGCCAUAUGGUUACAUCAUGCCCAGAUGACCCUGUCCUGACUCUGCCUGAGGCCAUUGCCUCAUCCACUCAAACGGACUCUCUCCUUUUGGGCAUCUAAUACGGUUCUGCAACUGUCAUGAACUACAGUCAAAACCUGCUGUGGUAGAAACAAAAUGACACUGCCCCCUGUAGGGCAAGUCAGAUUGGUGCAUAUCUGUAACCAAGCCUGAGUAUUUGUUGGAAUGAUUCUGAUGAGCGUCAUGGCAUGGGAUCUAGCCCUAAACAACGCUUGGGCAGAGGUGCAACGAGUGCACAUGGUUGCAGUUGUGAAGAAAAUAUGGUAUAUGUGAGGAGGACAAUGAGCUAUACAAUGAGCUAUACAGAACAAAGAUGUAUUAUGUGAGGACUACUGCAGGACUAGUACUCUAAAGGUCUGUCAUUACACUGGAUAGCACUGUUGUAGUGUUGUUCAGAAUACAAGCAAAUGUGAAGAUUUGUGGGUACACUGCACAUUAAUUUGGAAUAUUUAACACUGGUUUUGCAUUACGCAUUGAGGACCAAUUAUGUGUAAAUCACCUAUUUAUUCCAUGAAGUUUAUGAAAUGUAUCAUUAUUAUCUUCAGAAAAAAAGUUAUAUUUUAAAACGCUUAGAUAAUGAUGACAGUAUGCUAUCAAACUGUCCACACAUCCUAUUGCACUGUACAGAACUGUCCAUUUGUGAUAUGUAAAUUAAAUGCAUUGUAAAAAAAUA